AUGCUCGGAGGGAGCUCGGAGCGGGAUUCCCUACCAUCGAAUUCUGACGCCCCCACGGGAGAAGCGUCCAUGCCUAUCGCAACGAGUCACCCCGACUCAAUCCCUGAAUCGUCGCCUCUGGUUCAUGUCACCGGUACCGAUGCGUCGCCGACGGCAAAUCCGUUAGAGUCCUCCGGGGCGGCUCCAGAAUCCACACCUGUCCCCGAAGGCACCUCUGCCGCCAGUUCUGCCGAAGUAUCCAAAAAGCAGUAUCUGCUCCCCGUCCCGUCACGAACAUCCUUGAAAGCGGACAGACAAUCCACGUUAGACAAUUCUCAGGACACUGCCAAUGACGACUCCGAAAACACGCUCCGAGGUUCGAAGAGAAGCAUUCUAAAGGGGAGGAGGGACAGGAGCAAAGGAAGUAGUAUGAGAUCUCGGCGGAGGAAUGAGGAGAACAUGGUAAUGGAAGAGAAUAAGACGGAUUCCGACUUACGGGAACCCGCCAAGGUGGAGAAGAAGAGUAGAGUUUCAUCCCGGCUUUUUGCCUUCUUGAGUUGUUGCUCAUCCUCCAACGUCGAUCCCGAGGAUGCUGCCAUUCCAGCGAAGAGGACAACCCGCCGGCUAUCGGUCCCAAGUACCCAGCCUACUCCGGAAAAGGCUGAGGUUCAUGCCGGUGACUCGAGCACUGCAGAGUCCAAGGAGCCGAGCUACUAUCGUGAUGAAAAGGUAAAUAUGACCGUGACGUCUGACCAGUCGCCGUCGCAAGUGGACGAAGAGCAGACAGGCAGUGGCCCGGAUCAAGGCUCGCAGCUCGACGGCACGGUAACGUCUCCGGUUCAACUUGAGUCGCACCAUGAACCUUCUUCACAGAAGGACAUGGCUGAAGGACGGGAUUUAGCGGUAGCCCAACAAGAAUCCAGUGCGGUUACGGCGAAUGAUGUAUCGGAAAAGCCUGAGGAACUCUCCCAAAAGCCCGAGGAGCACGUAACAUUUUCAGUGCCGCCACCAAGGGUCGAUGAUUCUCCUGCCCCGAAGGGCGAACCUACUGCACAACCAGCUGUAACAGCCGACACUGUUGGUCCCAAGGAUGAGUCGAAGUACUCUACGCAUGAGGAAGAGGCGAUCGAUCUACCAGCCGAGCUACCACCACCGCCGCCCCUCAUUCCGCCGGGGCAACGGUCAGAAAAUGAGAACCAUGAUAGGGAUCAACAAUGGCUGCUACCUCCCCCUCUGCCUCACCUGCGAGAGCGGAAAUGCCUGGUCCUUGACCUAGACGAGACCUUGGUCCAUAGUAGUUUUAAGGUUCUCGAGCGCGCCGAUUUCACCAUCCCCGUUGAGAUUGAGGGCCAGUACCAUAACAUUUACGUUAUCAAGCGGCCCGGGGUCGACCAGUUCAUGAAACGGGUUGGCGAACUAUACGAAGUUGUUGUUUUUACGGCAUCUGUUUCAAAGUACGGCGAUCCGUUGUUGGAUCAACUGGACAUCCAUAAUGUUGUCCACCACCGACUUUUCAGAGAUAGUUGCUAUAAUCAUCAAGGCAACUAUGUGAAGGUCGUUGGCCGCGACCUUCGAGACACGAUUAUUAUCGAUAAUUCUCCCACGUCUUAUAUAUUCCACCCUCAACACGCGAUACCCAUCAGCAGCUGGUUCUCUGACGCCCAUGAUAAUGAGCUUCUUGAUCUGAUUCCCGUCCUGGAAGAUCUCGCUGGUACACAAGUAAAAGACAUCGAUCCCCCCUUUCCCCCAUCCACAAUGAAAGACAGUAAGGGGUGGGACGGAAAACUACGAGUCGGCGCCCAAGCGACCAUCACUAAUCCGGAGGCCCUCGAAGACCCGGAUUACACGGAUGAGGAUGCCCCCCCCGUGGAGGAGAUCGAGGCUGAUGAAGAUCUACUAGAAGAUGAGGAUAGGGAUACCGAGAGGAUAUGUCUUCGACAGAACCAAAUAUCGCGGAUCACGUUUCCCCCCGAGAUUGCCGCGACGCUAGUCGAGCUUGAUCUCUACGAUAAUCUGAUUUCGCAUGUGAAGGGUCUAGACGAGUUUAAGGAGCUGACGAGUCUGGAUCUGAGCUUUAAUAAGAUCAAGCAUAUCAAGAAUAUCUCGCAUUUGGUCAAGUUGACGGAUCUGUACUUCGUACAGAACAAGAUCUCGAAGAUUGAGGGGUUAGAGGGGUUGAGUGUAUUGAGGAAUUUGGAGCUGGGAGCUAAUCGGAUCAGGGAAAUCGAGAACCUUGACUCAUUGACGUCGCUGGAAGAGUUGUGGCUUGGGAAGAAUAAGAUUACGGAAUUUAAGAAUUUGGAUUCUUUGCAGAACCUCAAGAUCCUCUCAAUUCAGUCGAAUAGGCUUACGAGUCUCCACGGACUCUCCUCCCUCAAGAACCUGGAAGAACUCUACGUUUCUCAUAACGCUAUUACCGACCUCAGCGGUCUGGAAUCGAAUACCCAGUUGCGCGUUUUGGAUUUCUCGAAUAACCAGGUCUCCAAGCUCGAACAUCUGUCGCAUUUAAAGAAUCUGGAGGAGCUCUGGGCGUCGAACAACCAGCUGGCAAACUUCGAUGAGGUGGAGAAGGAGCUGAAGGAUAAGGAGAAGCUACAGACGGUCUACUUCGAGGGCAACCCGUUACAGACGAAGGGGCCUGCGGUGUACCGGAAUAAGGUGCGCUUGGCGAUACCGCAUAUUAUGCAGAUCGAUGCUAGUAAGUGCAAUCUUUUUCCCCUUUGGAGUGCGUGCAUAUACUGA